CAUAACUUCAAGUCUUCAAAGACUCCAAAUUGAACGUUCUUCCAAAUCAACCCAUAGUCAAAGAUGAAGAGUUGCGUGCACAUAAUAAUACUGCUUUUGGCCCCCAGGGUUCCCUCCAUUGCAAUUAGCGAUGACGUAGGUGGCAUUCCCCUCUGAUUUAUCACCACCUUCCUCAGCAAACGAAGCAAGAAAGCCAGAUUUCACUCUCCACUGUUUUUUCUUGCAUAAUUCGAAAGUAUCUUUCUUUCAUCUUUUUUUUUUUCUUUGUUACACAAAAAUGGAAGGACCCAAAUCCUCAGAGGCAGAAAGAAGCUCCAAUUCAGCUGCAAAUGACGAUCCUUCUCCUUUUCCCCAAGAGCUUGCAGAUGUGUCACUUAAAAUGCCUCCAAGGUAUCUUGGGUUUGGAAGUAGCAUUAGUGAAAAGUCUUCACCUCAAUCUCCUUCCGUUACAAAUGGAGGCUCAUUGAUGGGAGGCUUUCUUCGAGCUCUAAGCUUCAAGAAAAAGACUGCUGCACCAGAUGGUGAACAAAGCUCUCUCAUCCGACCAGAUUCCCAGCCAUCUUUACAAAGACCACUUCUAGGUGAAAAAAGCUCUCUCAUCCGACCAGAUUCUCAGCCAGCUUUACGAAGACCACUUCUAGCUAAUCCAGUCUCACGCGUGAUUUGGAAACGAUGUACUUCUUUACCUGCAAGAGCUGCUUCAAAGUCAUCUCCUUCUGCUUCUGCACCUGCUUUUGCCAGGACAUCUGAUGAAUGGCAAAAAUCACAAUCACUGCGGACUGGUACAUCUCAAGCUACUGUUACAAGGACUCCCUCUGCCAAAAAUGUGGUUAUUGUGAGAUCAACAUCUUUUGCUAAACGUGAAGAUUGUGACCCAGAUUCAUGCGAUGAAAUUACACCAGCCCCAGUGGAUGAGGAUCAAGAGAUUCCCGAGGAGGAAGCUGUUUGUAGGAUCUGUCUCGAAGCAUGUGAUGAAGGAAAUACACUGAAGAUGGAGUGCAGCUGCAAAGGUGACCUCAGACUUGUACAUGAAGAGUGUGCAAUUAAGUGGUUUAGCAUGAAAGGAAACAAAAAUUGUGAAGUUUGUCAGCAGGAAGUGCUAAAUUUACCUGUAACUUUGCAUUUUGUGCCAAGUACUACCCAAGGAAAUAUUGUGCUGGACCAUAACCAGCUAACUUUGAACGCACAAAGAAUAAGUGCUUGGCAGGACUUUGUGGUGCUUGUCUUGGUUAGUACAGUAUGCUACUUCUUCUUUCUUGAGAAGUUACUGAUCCAUGGCAUGAAAACUAAGGCACUGGUGAUUGCUACAACAUUCUCAUUUACUUUGGGUCUUUUGGCAUCUAUUUUUGCAGUCAUCCAAGCAAUUAAACAGUACAUAUGGGCCUACGCAGCUUUAGAAUUUGCACUUGUGGCCAUGAUUCUUUGCCUCUUCUACUCUGUGCUUCAUUUACCACCCAUUUAUUCAAUAACGCUGUCAUCAGUUUUGGGUUUUGGAGCUGCAAUGGGUCUCAAUUUCAUGUAUAGUCGAUAUUAUGCAUUGCGAGUUCAGCUUUCCCCAAGCUCUAGCGCCGUGUGAUAUAAGUUGGCAAUAUUGUUAAUAGUUGUAAUCUCUAUUGAGGGCUGGGUAAGGAUGUGUAAAAGUAGCAGUGUUUUUCUCAAGUUUUUUAAACUUCACUGCCUCUAGUUAUAUAGUUUUGAGGUAUCUUGAAUUUCAUGAAAUGUGAAGCAGGCUGUCUAUCAUGUGGCGUUCUAAUAAUUCCAUUUUUGGUCAUAAAUUUAUAGGUGGCUGCCCACUUUUAGUCCUUUUUUAUUAAAA